GAUGAUGGCGGGGAUGAUGGCGAUCGACGGCGUCGACGCGAAUCUCCUCUUGGCGGAGGCCUCUGAUCUCUUCGCGCUUCCAGGUGUCGCAUUCUUGUCGCGAUCGAUCCCGUGCAUUUGCCGCGCGCCCUUCCCGAGAGCUCUGUGUCGGAUUUCCUCUCGAAAUAUCCGUUUCCGGUUCUCUCCAGGGUUCUAUUCACCGCAGGAACUCCAGCGCUUGUGAGAGCAAUGCUGUCGAGAAGGUCGUUUGGACACAGCAUGCUUAUCAAAAUCCUCCCUUAUGCAAAUGCUGGUUUAAACGCGGCAUCUCCACAAGUUCGUCGUCUCGCAUGCUCCAUGUUCAGGAUGGCGAUUCAAGUUCUGUGCAAACAGCAACAGAUAUGUGACAAGGAGUCGAGCGUGGCAAAAGACGCCAUUGAGAAGUUAGCAAAGUCAAGCGCUGGACCUGCUCAAAUCCGAGCGUUAUCUCUGGCAGCUCGAAUCUUCGGACUGUCGGCAGCGGCACCGUUUUUGCAGGUCAACUAGUGAUACAUUGGCUCAACUCGAAAUUCUGAGAGAGUUUGCUGAGACACCUACUGGCUGAAGGCUUCUACUUGCUGGUACAUUCGUUUCUCACUCAUGUUUUUGGAUCCAGUGAGCUUGUCCUCUUCUAAUUGUCUCUAAUGCAGUUUAAGCUCACUCAGGAAUGCUGAAGUGGAUAGUAAGGUGCGUUCCCGCUCGAUGCAAGUUGUGUCUAGACUGAUAGAGCCUUGUACGCCUCUCGGAAUGAUUGAAAAAUCUCGCGAGAAGCUCGGAAAGAUGGGACAUGGAUGCAAAGGACGCUGCACUAGAUGCGCUUGGUCAGCGUAAGUCGUUUCUAUUCUGUUAUUUGGAUUUGACUGCUCUUCUGUCUCUCUUUAUAUUUGUCCUUUUUAAGUCCUUCUGCUUCGCUGUGUGAGGCCACCGCAUUAUGUCGUCCAUUCGGCUUAUGAAUCAGAACUGGUAUUUAAAUUUUCUUCUUCUGUUGCAAAAACGCUCUCCUGCAGGCUGCUGUUCAUGCGUUAGUCGCUCUCCUGGAUGAACAAGCUGAAAACGUUCUGCGCGAUCCCAUCAAACGGAGUUGCGUCAAGCCGUUAGUGCGAGACCAUCAACUAAACUUUCGAAAAACAUUUACUUCAAAGAAUGCAGGUGUAUAGGCUCCUCGAUUGUCGCACUGGCUUCCAGAAAGUGGUGUCUGCUGGAAGUCAGCUCCAACGACGGCUUCAUCGACGAAAAAGGUAAUUACUCUCUCUGUCUCUCUACGGGAUUCAAUACGCACAGGUAUCGAGUGAAGACACGCUUGCUGUGCUGCUCUGGCCACCGGAUUGAGGCAGCCAUCCUGCUAGUGCGUGGUGAUACACGGGAAAAGUGCCUUCUAUCAAGGUUUUCACUCGCGAGAAAGGAUCCCAGCUUGGAUCAUUGCACGUACGCCGCACAUUCUCCAGGGGUACGUGUUUUAGUUUUUGUUUUUUUUUUUUGUUUUUUUUCGUUCUUAGGACAGAAGAGCUCAAGAGGAUCAUGGCUCAGGAAGUUCGCGGAGGCAGUAAGAAACAACUUUCAGCAAACAUCCUUUGAGGAUUUAGUUCUAGAUAUAUAGUUUCAAUCAAAUUAAAAUUCUGUAUAA